AUGGGGAGGAAGAGGAUGGAGGAGGAAGAGGAUGGGGAGGAAGAGGACGGGGAGGAAGAGGAUGGGGAGGAAGAGGAUGGGGGAGGAAGAGGAUGGUGGAGGAGAGGAGGAUGGGGGAGGAAGAGGAUGGGGAGGAAGAGGAUGGGGAGGAAGAGGACGGGGAGGAAGAGGACGGGGAGGAAGAGGAUGGGGAGGAAGAGGACGGGGAGGAAGAGGACGGGGAGGAAGAGGACGGGGAGGAAGAGGAUGGGGGAGGAAGAGGAUGGGGAGAGAAGGAAGAGGAUGGAGGAGGAAGAGGAUGGGGAGGAAGAGGAGGGGAGGAAGAGGAUGGGGAGGAAGAGGAUGGGGGAGGAAGAGGAUGGGGGAGGAAGAGGAUGGUGGAGGAAGAGGAUGGGGGAGGAAGAGGAUGGGGGAGGGAAGAGGAUGGUGGAGGAAGAGGAUGGGGGAGGAAGAGGAUGGAGGAGGAAGAGGAUGGGGAGGAUGAGGACGGGGAGGAAGAGGAUGGAGGAGGAAGAGGAUGGGGGAGGAAGAGGAUGGGGAGGAAGAGGAUGGGAGAGGAAGAGGAUGGGGAGGAAGAGGAUGGGGAGAGGAAGAGGAUGGGGAGGAAGAGAUGGGGAGGAAGAGGACGGGGAGGAAGAGGAUGGAGGAGGAAGAGGAUGGGGGAGGAAGAGGAUGGGGAGGAAGAGGACGGUGAGGAAGAGGACGGGGAGGAAGAGGAUGGGGACGAAGAGGAUGGGGGAGGAAGAGGAUGGGGAGGAAGAGGAUGGGGAGGAAGAGGACGGGGAGGAAGAGGACGGGGAGGAAGAGGAUGGGGGACGAAGAGGAUGGGGGAGGAAGAGGAUGGAGGAGGAAGAGGACGGGGAGGAAGAGGGAUGGGGACGAAGAGGAUGGGGAGGAAGAGGAUGGGGGAGGAAGAGGACGAUGAGGAAUGAGGACGGGGAGGAAGAGGACGGGGAGGAAGAGGAUGGGGACGAAGAGGAUGGGGAGGAAGAGGAUGGGGAGGAAGAGGAUGGGGAGGAAGAGGACGGUGAGGAAGAGGACGGUGAGGAAGAGGAUGGGGGAGGAAGAGGACGGGAGGAAGAGGACGGGGAGGAAGAGGAGGAAGAGGACGGGGAGGAAGAGGACGGGGAGGAAAGAGGAUGGGGGAUGAAGAGGAUGGAGGAGGAAGAGGAUGAUUCCACGGCGGGAGCAGAAGUGGCGAGGAGAGCAGAAGUGGCGGUGGCAGGUGGCGUGUUUGGAUCUUUGCCAAACCAGAGACUUCGGCGAGUCCUGGAGAGACAGAUGUUCCGGAGAGAGCCGGGAUUGAUUCGAGAGCUCUACUUUGGCGCCGCAAGUGUCAAGACUCGAGACCGACGCAGAUAG